CGACCUUGCAUAUUUUUCCAAUAUUUUAAACAGUUGUAUUUAAAUGUCAUCGUUCUAAGAUACAUUUUCGUUGCAAGACAUUAUAAUAAGUAAUGUUAGAAGACAUUACAGUGAAAUAAAUACAAAUCUGAUAGUCCGAGUUACGUUGGCACCGAACGAUUGUUUUCGGGUAAACUUCUGAACCGGCCUAAAUGAAGAAUAUUAAAUCGUCACGAAUAACCCUAAUAGCUUCACUUUGUUGCACUACCAUGAAGAUCAUUUUACUUGAAUAUACAGCAUAAUUCCUAAUUAAAUGUUAAAAGUGUAUUUGAUAUUUAGAAAUUGCCUUGUAUAUCAUAGUAUAAAUCCUAUGCAUAUCAAUUAAAACGAACAAAGUCCUUGUGCGAAGUUGAUUUUAAAAACGUAACCAACCAUCUGAAUAUAUGAUUGUUCACCAAAAUUUUUGUAUAUAAUAAUUGAAAGAGGUACAGUACAAAGGAUUAAAAUUAAUUCUAUGGCUGAAUUGUUAUGACAUAUUUAUAUCGAAUAUUGGAAAAGUAACCACAAAUGUUAAUUCUUUUAUACAAGUUUAAUCAGUAGCAAUUUCAACUGUCAUUUAAAAGAUUCGAUCUUUAUUAGUUGUAACAAAACAUAUUUACUAGUAAAAUUAAAGAGAUAUGUACUUAUGUAUAUACGAACGUUUUUCUCGCGGAUUCUUUUUAAUCCGAGUACGUUUUAUAUUAUGGUACGUGUAUAAAGAAGAGUUACUGUGAAUAAGAUAUCGAAUACAUUUCUGGUAAUUGCCGGCGGAAACCUAUAUGCACAAUUGUGCAUUAAAUUUUCUUGAUAAUAAGCUAUUAUAUCUUGUAACUACAAGCUUAUUAUCAAGAAAAUUUAAUAAGCUUUUAGAUGCCGACAUGUAAACUUCAAUUAAAUUAUAUUUUUUCUGAAUUAGAAAAACAUGAGAAAUAAGUUUUACGCAAAAUAGAAAAAGUGUACUCGUAAUACGAAGUAUGAUAUGCAUAUCAAUUGAAAUAAAUAAAAUCGUCGUUCGAAAUUGAUUUUAACAACGUAGCCAACCAUCUAUAUAUGACAUAUACAAGACAUAACAAUUUUCAAUAUUCGACACUUUAAUAAACAAAAUAAUAUAAACACUCAAAAACAUAAACGUGGCAAAUAGGGGACAGGAUGGUAAGAGAUAGCACAGUAGGUUAUAGAAUAAGGAAGGAAAACGUACGCGUAGGCUCCUGAAAAUAAAAUCAGUGACACUUAAGGUUCUAUCGUCGAUAGUUACUUACAAAGAUUUGCAUAGACUUAACAAUGGCUCUGUCUCCAAACGACCCGCAUUCUUAUGCCAGACCAGGUAUUUUAAUUACUCAAUUAACUGAGAAUAAUUUUAAAUAAUAUUACGGGUAAAAAUUUAUUUUCUAUCUAUCUCUCAGAAAUAUAACGCGACUAUUGGCUACAUUUAAGUUAUUUACUGGCAUGUUUGAAGACAACACAGUCGCAUGUAUCUCCAGGUGUUUAAUAAUUCAAUAUUUUAAAUUAAAUUAUUCUUUCACGACUUGUAGCAUUCUACGUGAUUCCUUACAUACAAGAAAUAUAUGUUAAACAGAGCAUACCAAUGUUUGCACCAUAAAUGCAAUCCUGUGCAUAUUAGAUCUUUAUUCGUAAUAUUCAACUUCUUCGUGUACUUGCGUUUAUUACUUAUAGACUAAAUAUUUAAGUGGAUAUUUUCCAAUAUUUAUAAGUUUUUAUUUAUUAGACAUCUGUGCUGUAACUCAUAUUUCCUUGGAUUUCCAUGUGGAUUUUGUUAAUACCGUUAUUCAUGGCACGGCAGUACUAACAGUACAACGCAAGAAUCACAACCAUCACGAACUAGUGAGUAAAGAUCCCUCUUUAUUUGUAAGUACUUUUUAAAUUACCAUUAAUGUGUAAUGUCGAACAAGUAGAUUUUAGAUAGCUACGGCCUAGAAGUAUCAAGUGUUACGAAUUUUUACACCGCAGAACAAUUAGAGUAUUUCAUUGGAGAAUGGAAUGGUUUUGGAUAUAAAUUUACUAUUAAUCUACCCAAUAAUUGUGAAAGUCCAAUGUAUGUUCAGAUUGAAUAUAAAACAGAUCCAACUACUCCUGCAUUGUAUUGGUUAAAACCUAAUCAAACUUCCGAUGGUAAACAUCCCCUAUUGAUAUCUAGGAGCAAGCUUACAUUUGCCAGAGGUAUAUUUCCAUGCCAAGACACCCCAUCACACCUGUUCACCUUCACAGCUACUAUUGUAGUUCCAUUGGGUUUUAGUGUAAUAAUGUUUGGAACCAUGAUCACAAAGUAUUCUCAACGCAAUAUUACUACAUAUAAGUUCAAACAAAUGAAUCCAAUAUCAUCGUAUGCGGUGAUUCUUGUAGUGGGUAACCUGCACGACAGACGAAUGUUAAAACGCCCGGCAUUUCACCUGUGGGCUGAAGAAAAAUAUUUAAUGCCAUGUACACUGGCACUGCGUAAGAUAAAUUCAUAUUUACGCAAAAGUGAGAUUGCUAAAGAACUUGAAGAUUAUGGUUGUAACCUUAGAUCGGAUACAUUUAUUGUCUUCGUGCUUCCACCAAACGUGCCAGAACCCGAUGUACAAUAUCCUUAUGUGAUAUUCGUGUCAUCAGUUAUAGCUGAGGAAACCAAGAUUGAUCGACUUCUUCAAAAUAUUCUCGAGAGCUGGAUAUCAAGUAGAAUUUCGAUAAAAAAUUUUGAACUUUGGUGGUUAAUUAAAAGUUUUAGUAUGUUUAUCAAUAGGAGAAUUCUAACUAAAUGGUAUGAAGAACAGGAGGGUUACCUAGAAAUAAAAGAGAGACUGGAUGUGUUAAAUACGACAUAUUUAAACCGCAAUAUCUAUGUUAAUCACGAAAUACAGUUAGUUCCUUAUUUGAGUGGUACAUUGCCCAGCGAAAUUAUUAAUAACGUGCCAUACGAAAAAGGAUGUUUGCUCUUGAAUCACGUACAAUGCGCCUUAGGAUAUGAAAGUUUUAAAAAUUUUUUUAAAUAUUAUCAUAGAACGUGUAGGAGAGAUGAAAAUCAGAUAUUAAAUACUGCACAUUUUAAACAACUUCUGUAUCGCGUUUUUGACCAUAAAAUUCAGGUGUUAAACUCUGUAGAUUGGAAUAUGUGGUUAGUCGGACAACAUUUACCAUUGCAUGAAAUUUUCUCCGAAAUACUUAUUAAUAUUUUCUUUGAUACGAAAAUGUUUAUCACAGAACAAUCAGGAAAAAUGUUGUAUUCUGUGACGAAGUUGCAAUCUAACGCAUCUAAAUUUAACAAAAUAACAUUUUUAAGCUACUUGAAUUGCUUCCCUACAUAUCUGCCGGUCUACAAGUUACAUAUUUUAAAAUAUGCAUAUUUGGGGAACGUGGGAAAUAAUGAAAUACGGUUUCUUUGGCUGCACUUGUGCAUUAAAAGUAAAUGGUCUGGAAUUAUCCAAGACGCUUUACAGUUCGCCACCGAUAACAUAUGUAUACCAUAUUAUGCUUGCUCAAUAAUGAGUUGUAUUUACGAAUGGAAGGAAAUGAGGCACUUGUCGGUGAUGUGGUUUGAGACGAAUCAUUCGAAAAUGUCUCCAAAAAUCAUAAGAGAAUUAGAAUUCAUUCUCCAAGUUAAAUUAAACGUUUGAAGAUAAUAUCUGAAGUCAAAAAAAGUCCAAAUAAGUUUGUUGCGUCAUUAAGGGGAUGCUGGAGUCUGUCUGUUUUACCGACAACGCGAAAGUU